UCCUAUACCUACUCACAAAUUUAAUUGAUUAUCCAAAUUUGGGGUAAACACAAAUAUGAUUAACCAAGGCGACAAUGAUUCAGGGAGUCCCUUAUUAUCCAAGAAACAUUUUGUAUAAGAAGUGUAAACCGUGCUCUUUAAAUCUGUCAUUGAAAUUUCUGUAACAUUAAGAUUAAUCCCACACAACUGCACUUAGCUAACUUGGACACAAAGUAAUGGGCAGCAGCCGUCAUUGCUCUUGUCAUAAGGACCAUUGAAUCGGCUAACAAGUCAAACAACCGACAAUUUUAUAAUCAUAUCGCGACCGGCUUUGCCGCAAACCAAAACUCUUGAAAAAAUGUUACUAGCCAUUUUCAACUUUGAACAAAUGGAAGUUUUGUGAAAGUUUCAGAAAAUAUUUGUAUAUAUAUAAGCAACACCAAGUCAACUCAGAAAGAAUAUCAUGAGUGGAAAAAUGGGAGAAGAAAACAAAGUAACUCUACAUGGAAUGUGGCUUAGCCCUUGUGUGAAGAGAGUAGAACUGGCUCUCAAAGACAAAGGUAUACCUUUUGAGUAUAUAGAAGAAGAUCUGAGCAACAAAAGUCCAUUGCUACUCAAAUACAACCCUAUUCACAAGAAAGUCCCCGUUCUUGUUCACAAUGAGGAACCAGUAAACGAGUCCCUUGUCAUUCUUGAAUACAUCGACGAAACAUGGAAGAAUGGACCUCGACUCUUGCCACAAGAUCCUUAUGAAAGAUCCAAAGUCCGAUUCUGGGCUGCUUAUAUUCAACAGGUGAUGGAGUGCAUGCUCAAGAUAUUCACAGCGGAAGACCAAGAAAAAGCCUGUGAGGAAUUUUAUGAGAAACUAGACGUGCUUGAGGAUGGAAUGAAGAAAAUGUUUCCAUGGGGCAGUCCUAAGAUUGAAGUGGGGAACAUAGGGCUCCUAGACAUCUUAAUCCUCGUAGCAUUUGGCGCAUGUAAAGCACAAGAGGAAGUGUUUGGAGUGAAAUUUUUGGAUCCACAGAAGGCUCCCCUGAUACACUCAUGGGUUAACACUCUACUUGAACUGCCUGUCCUUAAAGAAACUGUUCCCCCUCUGUGACAAGGUGGUAUCGUUUCUUUGAGCUUUCAAAGAAAGAAGCGCUAGUGCUCAGGCUCAGUGAGCUUCUGUUUUCUUCCUACUGUGUUUGUACUAGUGCCAAAAGUUUCUCAUGGUUUCAUGUAAUUCUGCUGUGUAAUAAGGCUUAUGGCCAUCCGAUUUCUGUAGGCUGCUUUCAUCUGGUUGAAAUUUGAAGUACAUUGCUGAUAAGCACAUCUGCUAUCUGAUAUUCUCUACCAUUUUUAGGUAAAACUAAGUGAUGCUUGCUCAAGAUUGUCUACCUCAUGAAUAGAACACAAAGUGACAGAAUAAUUGAACAGUGAUAACAUAAGUUGGACAACACUGAAAAA